ACCAAACUGUUCAGUCUGUGGAGUGUGUAUUUUUUCCUUUAUUUUGAAAGGUUUCUAUGUGAGAUGCUUGAGCAAAAUCAGAGAAGAGUCAAUGAGGAGUUUUUGUCCAGAUUUUGUGAUGGGGAAAGAAAAGAAAACGGCAAAACUAGAAAAACUGGAACCAGACACACGAGCGAUCAUCAUGGGUGAAGUAAAUAAAUCGAUUCCCAGGAUGAGACUUGUGAAAUCAAAGGACAAGAUGAAAGUGAAGACAUCAAACAAAAGACUCCCAACAACAGACAAGGGUAUAAUAACCACAUGUGAGACAUCGGGGAACGUAAUGAAACUCUGUCUCAACUUAAUGCCUGUUUUAGCUUCAGCCAAGGAACCUGAAGAAGAAGAUGAGGAGGACAGAGAGGAAGAUACCAGCUCUACAAGUGCAGAGGAACCAAACACCAGCAACACACAUGACCCAUCUGCCACCAAAUCAGUGCAUCAAUCUCUCAGUACAAGUGAUUAUUUUGCAGGACUAACCAAACAACCACUAAACUCUUUGUUUGUCCUGCCUCCCAUAACUCAACCUACAUCAGUUCCUGUGUGUGGUGGUGACCAUCACAAGACCCAGAAGUUCACAACAUCUCUACCUCGUAUCAGUUUACCUGAGAAAACAACAACAACUGUCUCAGAAAACAUUAAAACUGAAGUCAGGGGAGUCGAUGACAAAAUGACAGAGCACGUGACAGAUGCUGCUGGGCCCUGGAUAGACAACAUCCUGCUCUCGAAAUAUAGAUCUGCUGAGUUUCGUCUUCCUGACAUUUCUUUGUCCAGUCUGGACGCUCUGCUGCAGACUGUCACACAGAAACUGGGGAGGAAGAGGAGAAGUGGUGAAGGAGCAUGGGGACAAGUCCAGUCUGAUCACCUCCUCAUCACGGAACCACACUUGAGAGAAACGAGACCCGGACGGCAGCUCAACCAGACCAACAUGUGAGUAGAAGAUCAACACCAUCAUCAGUGGGUGGUGGACACAGUGGAAACAAACACAAGAGGCUCCCCGCACUUUUCCCUGCAACUAAGCCCACACUCAUGCUCAGCAUGACAAAGAAAAACCUCCCCACUUACACCGUGAAGCAGUGACACGUCAGUGAACACGGACAUCGUCACUGUCGUGUUGGUUGCAUGUGAUUGCAACAGAUCGAUCGAAACACUGGCAUUUUCUAAAAUAAAAAAGACAUUUAAAAUAUGCAGCUCCUUUUGACUGGAACGUUCAAAAGAUAUGUGGAAAAACUGAAGGAUCUGUUCUCAUCUGACACUUUGACAGUGUGAGUUUAAAGGACUUGAAACACACUUUAUAAGGAUUUUCUUAAAUAUUUGCUGAUCUUGUGAUUUUAUAUUGUAUCCCGUAGCUACCCUUUAUAUAUAUCUAAACUUAGCACAAAGAGUCAGGAACUUUGUGUUUGGUUGAUUAUUUCUUUGUUAAUAAAUCAUAAUUAGAGCUGAGACAAUUACUUGAUUAAUCGAUUAUUAAUCGUUUACUAAAUUAACCGUCAACUAUUUUGAUAAUUGACUAAUUAGUUUGAAGCUUUUUUCAUGAUUAAAACAAGAUUUCUGAGUUUCUUAAGCUUCUUAAAUGUGAAUAUUUUCUGGUUUCUUUGCUCCAUAUAACAAAGAAAUCAUUACAUUUUUGGUUUGUGGACAAAAAACAAGAUAUUCAAGGACAUCAUCAUUUCCAGGUUUGAUCAACAUUUUUUGACGUUUUCUGACAUUUUAAUGACCAAACGAUUACCCGAUUAAUCGUGAAAAUAAUUGACAGAUUAAUUGUUUAUGAAAAUAAUCGUUAGUUGCAGCUCUAAUCAUAAUACCAGGCUGUUGUGGCUGUGUAUAGUUCUUCCACAUGCUACCGAGGCCCCCUGUUUGUUGUAUCAAUGAAUAAAGUUAAAUUGCCAAUAUGCAGUUUGGCAUUGGCAGAGAAGAUUUGGCACAUAGAUGCAUUUUCCUCAGAAAUGGGGCUCCAUUUAAAAGGGAAAAAACAGGCUUUUCCAAGAUUAAUCGCCAAGAAGCAUUGUUACAACAAAGAAAUAAUCCACCAAACACAAAUGUCCUUACUUUUUAAGGUUAUUUUUAAAUUGAAGUCUGUAAUAUGAGUGUUUGGUAUAGUUGUAACCCUGUCCUGUCAGGGUUACAACUAUUCCUGGUUGAAUAAAUAACAAAAAAAAAACCACAAUAUUUUAAAAGUUGAUACAGGAAACAAUAUUUUUU